AUGACCCUUCUGUCGCUCUACAUCACUCAAGUUCGCUGGGCGAACCCAUCCACAGAAUCCUUGAACGGCCUUCAGUUUGCAGCGAAGGGUCACGAGGCGCUGAUCCUAGCGUCCCUGGGAGAUAUUCUUCUGCACCAAAUAUCCUACGGCUUGAAACGCCAGGAAGUCGGUGUCCCGUUAUGGGCUCCAACGCUGCAGUCUGGCAAAGCAGCGGGGUAUAGACGGGGCACAGCAGCUCUGAUCGUAUUGAUAUCCAUUCUCUGCCUUGCCGCGAAUCCACUGUCUGCCAUUGCUAUGAUCCCUAGACAGGAUUGGUGGGAGGACCAUGAUUACGACUGGACUUUUCUCGGUGAUAUGAAUUUCGAGCCUGCCCAUAGGAUCCCUCAUAUGGAAUACAGAACAAGGCUUGAUUCGAAGUCUGGACCCUACCUCAGAGACAUCAUAGGGCCUGCUACUAUACCCCUAUAUACUCUUCUCAGGGCCGACUCUUAUGUCCUUGGGACGCAUGGGCCUGAGUGGCAAAACAUCAGCUAUACCAAUUUCAAUAGCUCUUUCUAUUCUUAUAUAUCGACUGCAAAUUUCGGGUUGCCUACUGUUGCUACUAGCCCAUUGUCGUUUGUGGCGUCAGAGCUCGGGAAGGCUUCCUCAAGAGAUGUAAAAGAUGCGGCUAUACCCUGGAUUACUUCUUCCAAUCAACAAAUCGAGGGAUCUGGAGCUGAACAUCGUUGGAAACAGCCUCUUGUCGCCACACAAUGCAUUGGAGGCUCGGUCCACAAUAAGACCAAGCUCCAGUUUUCUCUUUCCUACCCGUUCUCGACUGGCAUACGAAAGAACUCCAUGAUAACGUUCACACUUGACGAAGAGUCCUCGGCCUUUACGGAACUGCGUGCCAGCAAUUCCAGCGACUAUCGCGUACUCGACUUUCCACAAUACGAAGAUUGGCUAGUGAGCGGCAACGUACUAUUCGCUACGACAGUAGAGCUUCCUCAUGACGAAAAGCCCGAGCGACACUACACACUCUGUCUGAUAUUUGCACGUUGGUCCGAGGCGAGCAUGUGGAUUCAGGAACCCACGCGUUCACGCACCUUCAGCCACGUCAAAGAAGAACCAAUACUAGAAAGCUUUGAGAAGAACUCCACUGAUAUUAUCUAUAUGGAUGAUAAAUGGUUGGAUGGCAUAUCUUCGUUCUCCAACGGGUCAUUCUUUCGGUCAAUUGCAGAGUUUUGUGGAAGUGAUGUUCGAAGGAAUUGCCAGGAGCGGUAUUUGGGUCUGCAUAUUACCGACGCGAUCUCUCAAGCGGGAAACAAUGUCUCAUGGCCCAACUAUCAUGCCGAGACUUCACGAUUAGACGAUGCAACACAGGACAAGAUAGUUUACACUCGGUAUCACUACACAUACGCUUAUCGCUUUGAGAGUAGUUUCGGCAUCCCAUUGGCCUUCUCUUUCCUUCUUGCACAUGUUCUCUUGGUUUUGAUACACUUGAUUACGAUUGUAGGAUCAAAGGAUCCGUGGCUAGGCUCUGAUUGGGAUAAUUUUGGAGACAUGUUGGUUCUUGCUCUUGCAUCCAAGCCACCAGAAGGCACAAAUGAUCUCACUCAACAGGUUUCGAGGUCUGAGUUAUGGAAAAAGACUGCUACAGUUGCUCGCGAUGCCGAGGAUAUUCAUCACCAGAUUCUCCUGAGAGAGGAGAAAUGGUAUCAGAGAGCGAAUGAAGAGGAAGGACGGGUUUGA